GGCGGAGUCCGCGGGUUGCGGGCCCGAUCCGGAGACUGGGCUGUUGCGGGAGGAGCUCCCGCUGGACUCCAGCGCGCUUGAAAGAUCGCGCUGCCGGACACGCUGGGCUGAAGGGCCGAGUCUUCAUCUGCGCGGGGAGGCGGCGGUAGCGUCGCGUCUUUGCGAGUGGAGGUUUCGGGUUCCCGCGGGAUUGCUGUGUUUGUGAACUUCACGAGCUUCUCAGGACCCCCGCAAUCCUGGUUUUAGCGGAUGUUAGGAUUUUGGAGACCUGACACGUUCAUGAAAGAUUCUUUUUAAUCAGCAUUUUAUGAGGUGAGCCAGGACAAGAACUUCUGGUUACAGUUUGGAUAAGAUGGAAAAAGUCGAAGUUGCUCUUGGUAAGAUCUAAGCUGCUACCACCUAUCCCACUGGACGACAAGAGGGGAAUGUGUUUUGUGUGCACUCGACAGGGCACUUCAGAACCCAGGCUGCUUUCAGGAACAUUUCUGUGGACUCCCAGGGCUGAUUCCACUAAAAGCAAGAUGGCUGAACUCAAUACUCAUGUGAAUGUCAAGGAAAAGAUCUAUGCAGUUAGAUCAGUUGUUCCCAACAAAAGCAAUAAUGAAAUAGUCCUGGUGCUACAACAGUUUGAUUUUAAUGUGGAUAAAGCUGUACAAGCCUUUGUGGAUGGCAGUGCAAUUCAAGUUCUAAAAGAAUGGAAUAUGACAGGAAAAAAGAAGAACAAUAAAAGAAAAAGAAGCAAGUCCAAGCAGCAUCAAUGCAACAAAGAUGCUAAAGACAAAGUGGAGAGGCCUGAGGCAGGGUCCCUGCAGCCACUGCCACCGCAGAUUCAAAAUGGGCCCAUGAAUGGCUGUGAGAAGGACAGCUCCUCCAUGGAUUCUACCAACGAGAAACCAGCCCUUAACCCUCGUGAGAAAAAGAUCUCAAUACUUGAGGAACCUUCAAAGGCACUUCGUGGGGUCACAGAAGGCAACAGACUACUGCAACAGAAACUAUCCUUAGAUGGGAACCCCAAACCUAUACAUGGAACAGCAGAGAGGUCAGAUGGCCUACAGUGGUCAGCUGAGCAGCCUUGUAACCCAAGCAAGCCUAAGGCAAAAACAUCUCCUGUUAAGUCCAAUGCCCCUGCAGCUCAUCUUGAAAUAAAGCCAGAUGAGUUGGCAAAGAAAAGAGGCCCAAAUAUUGAGAAAUCAGUGAAGGAUUUGCAACGCUGCACUGUUUCUCUAACUAGAUACCGCGUCAUGAUCAAGGAAGAAGUGGAUAGUUCUGUGAAGAAGAUCAAAGCUGCCUUUGCUGAAUUACACAACUGCAUCAUUGACAAAGAAGUUUCAUUAAUGGCAGAAAUGGAUAAAGUUAAAGAAGAAGCCAUGGAAAUCCUGACCACUCGUCAGAAGAAAGCGGAAGAACUAAAGAGACUUACUGACCUUGCCAGUCAGAUGGCAGAGAUGCAGCUGGCCGAACUCAGGGCAGAAAUUAAGCACUUUGUCAGCGAGCGUAAAUAUGAUGAAGAGCUCGGGAAAGCUGCCCGGUUCUCCUGUGACAUCGAACAGCUGAAGGCCCAAAUCAUGCUCUGUGGAGAAAUUACACAUCCAAAGAACAACUAUUCCUCAAGAACUCCCUGCAGCUCCCUGCUGCCUCUGCUGAAUGUGCAUGCGGCAACCUCUGGGAAACAGAAUAAUUUUUCCCGAAAAUCGUCCACUCACAAUAAGCCCUCCGAAGGCAAAGCAGCAAACCCCAAAAUGGUGAGCAGUCUCCCCAGCACCAUCGACCCCUCUCACCAGGCCAUGGCAGCCAACAAGCAGAAUGGAUCUUCUAACCAAAGACGGAGAUUUAAUCCACAGUAUCAUAACAACAGGCUAAAUGGGCCUGCCAAGUCGCAGGGCAGUGGGAAUGAAGCCGAUCCACUGGGGAAGGGCAACAACCGCCACGAACACAGAAGACAGCCACACAACGGCUUCCGGCCCAAAAACAAAGGUGGUGCCAAAAAUCAAGAGGCCCCCUUGGGGACGAAGACCCCUGAGGCCCCGGCCCAUUCUGAAAAGCCCCGGCGAAGGCAGCACGCUGCAGACACCUCGGAGGCCAGGCCCUUCCGGGGUAGUGUUGGUAGGGUUUCACAGUGCAAUCUCUGCCCCACGAGAAUAGAAGUUUCCACAGAUGCAGCAGUUCUCUCAGUCCCGGCUGUGACAUUGGUGGCCUGAGCUAGGAUGAAAAAAGAGCAGUUUCACUCAGUUUUGGUUCCCUGCCCGAGGUGCUGACCCAAUUCGCUGCCAAAAGAGAAUCAAUCAGAAUAUACAAAUCCUGUAUGGUUGUGUCUCCUCUCUUAAUCAUUUUUACUAAUUCUAAUAAUCAGCUCUAGCUUGCUUCAUAACUUUCAUGGCUUUGCUUGAUCUGUUGAUGCUUUCUCUCAUCAAGACUUUGCAGCAUUUUAGCCAGGCAGUAUUUACUCACUGUUAGGAAUAUCAAGAUGUGGCUGAAGAUCAGAGGCUCAGUUAGCAACCUAUGUUGUAGCAGUGAUGUCAGUCCAUUGAUUGUCUUUAGAGAGUUAAUGUUACAAAAAAGAAUUCUUAAUAAUCAGACAAACAUGAUCUGCUGCGGACACAUGCGCUUUUGUAGAAUUUAACAUCUGGUGUUUUUCUGGAAAUAUAUAUAUACAUAUAUUGCUUUAUUUGAAACAAAUUAAAAUAUGCUGCAUUUGA